CUAGCGACAGUCACGUCGUAUAAUUAUUAGACCGAGAAAUUUCGUUUGCAAAAUGGCAAAUUCAAAGUUUUUGCUUCUUUAUUUCUUAAUCGCACAGAGCCAAUAUAGGUCUUCACAUGCAAGCCUUGUUCCUCGAUCAUGCGAAGAUGUGUUACGGCACUUUGGCGGGGGAGCAUUUAGCGAAGGUGUGUACACCAUAGAUCCGGACGGCCCAGGUGAACAGCCACCAUUUCAGGUCACGUGCACAACAUCAAAAGACCUCCCAGGACAUGGUAUCACCUUGGUAACACACGAGGCUGCCUCUUCCCAGCCAAAACGGUUUCAUGCUACAGGCAUACAAGUUAUUACCGUAGGUUUUACCUACAAACCAACCUUGCCCCAGCUCGAAAGCCUCAUCAAGGUUUCUGGGAACUGUCGCCAGUAUGUCCAGAUUCUGUGCAAUCAUGCGUAUCAAUUUUAUGAACCGAAUUGGUGGGUUUCCAGACAAGGUUGGGCGAUGUCAAACUGGGGUGGCGCCCCUACCAACAGUUCUAUGUGCGCUUGUGCUGAACAGGGACGCUGUGAUGACCCAAAAAAACCCUGCAACUGUUUGAUCAAUGAUGCGAUUUGGAGAAGUGACGAGGGCUACUUAGAAGAUAAACGCUAUCUACCAGUUAAGCAGGUGUACGUGAGGGACACAAACAAUGAUAUUGAAUCCGCUAGCUUAACUGUCAAGGGCAUGGAAUGCUACGGAGAGAUUAACCAAGGACAUCCUACAGAAAGAUGCCGGUGUAGACUCCAUGCAGAGGAGAAUUCCACCACACCGGGUCCUCUGCUCCUGCAGCUACCAGAUAUUAUCUAUGGUCAGGGUCAAGAUGACGUGUGGCUAGCAGACGACGACCAAACUUUGAAGAUAACGGAUAUCUACCCCCAGUUUUUCAACACCAAGAAGCGCCGACAGAUUCUUCCCACCACCCAAGUAACCCCCGGCCUGUCCCCCCAGUGUGCUAAUGUGUUACAGCGCUGCCCUGUGGAUUGUGAGCGUUUGGCGAAGUUAAGACUGGCCAACACAACCCUGACUGAUGACAUACAUGUUAAUGGCGAGAAGAAGAUGCUUGGGCAAUUCAUGUGUGAGAAUGCGGCAGUGAACAUAGCCCCUCCUGGCCGAAGAAUCGUGGCGUUCUUCAAGGUGGCGCCAUCUUGCGGCUCGGCACAGAGCUCCACGUACGCGUUCCCCGACAAAACUGUCGUCUGCUGCAAAAUGUUUACCUUUUCUGGUCAGCAUCUGAAAGUUUUUGAUGCUCAGUGCUCUGGGAAUGUAGAUUUAAGCUCGAUUUUUGGGUGAUGAGGUGCGUGUUGUACCAAAACGUACGUUUGUGCAUAACCCCCCCCCCCCUCCAAUUAGACCUGUGCAUUGAAUGAAUGUCAUUAGGGAUUUGGACUGGGUCUA